ACGCCACUGGCGAUCCGCUGGCGGGGAGUGGUGGAAUGGGGUUGGGAAUGGAAAUGGGCAUGGCGACCGGAACCGGAACGGACGUUUAUCUGCCGGCGGGCAAUCUCAGCGGUUUCAUCGAGUCAUCGACAACGGCGGUGAUGAGCACGCUGCCGCUGCCGAUCCCCACCAGCACCAUGGCCACAUUCCAGGCCCAGACGGUGGCCACCUUCAUCGCCGCCACCGGCGGCACCAAGAAUCGCCCAACGACCAUUGUUGUCUACCCAACGGUUUCACCCGAAUCGAUCGUCAUCCCGAUCGUGUCGUGCAUCUUCGGCUUCCCCAUCCUGGCGCUCCUCGUCAUCUGCUGCCUGCGGAGGAGGGCCAAGUUGGCCCGGGAGCGGGACAGGAGGCGGAACUACGACAUGCAGGACCAUGCCGUCAGCCUGGUCAGAUUUAGUCCAAUACAUAGGCUUAAUUACCGAUCGUCGCGAGCUAUCAGUCUACGUCCUGAACGAAGCCUAAGCCAGGGCUUCACCUCCCUGGAGCUGGACACUGUGCUGGAGGAGCGAUGCAGCGACGUGGAGCAGACGCAGACGGAGAUAUUUAACCCGGAGUCGCCGAUGGAGACCACCUCCUACAAGAUGUCCAUCUCCUCGAGCUAACAGUUAGCCAAGCAGCAACUGGAGCAGCCGGAGAUAGCCAAAAUCGAGGAGUGCCAGGAGUCGGUGCCGGUUCCGGUGGUGGCCAAGACCUCCUCCUCCUCCUCGCAGCUGGCUGUGCCGCCGGCGCAGCUGCGAAAGACGGCCAGUGUGCGAGACGAUCCGGCCGGGCUGGCCAAGCGGCGUAGUCGCCUCCAGGAGAUUAGGGCCGCCAGCAGUGGAGGCGAGGCGGCUGCUGCUGGAGGUGCUGCCUUCGCCAAGCGCGAAUCCAAGCGGGAUCGCCGGCGAAGAGGAGGAGGAGGAGGAGAAGAGGGCGGAGCACCAAGUGGCAGCACCGGGGACUCCCAGUCGGCGGCCAUAAGGAAGUCACACUCCCUGGAUUUGGACGCCGCCGAGAGCUACUCGCUGGCCAGCAUCCAGGCGCCGCUCUGGGUGACUCUCACCAAUGCCCGUACCAUCGACGAGCUGGCCCAGCAGAAGAUGUGAGCUGCAACUCCAAUUCCAGCUGCAUCCGCUACUCCAACAGAAGCGUUCACUUAGCAAAACCUCCGACAGAGUCUACAUCCCGCCCAAAUAGAAGAGAAACCUGUAAAUGUUUAGAUGGAAUUUCGAAUUAGCCACAUUACUAACACAAACGAGCUAUUUGCAUCAUUAACUAAAGCUUAACAAAUUCAAUAAAGUUAAAGACCAAACAGAAA